AUGGCCUCCAAAGCAGCAGCCGCGGCGGUGGACUUCACCCGAAUCUACUCUACGCUCGGUCUCUCUAAGGAGACCAUCGCGGCUCUUCAGGCCUUCCGCAAGCGGCACGCGGACGCCCAGCGUGUUCACGCGCAGUACGCUUCGCAGCCCACGACGGUUGACUUCGCGCAGUAUCGUUCCGUGCUCAAGAACACUGCUGUCAUUGAUGAGACAGAGAAGAUUCUUCGCGACUUCAAGCCGAUCACGUACGAUGUGAGCACGCAGAUCAAGGCGAUUGAGACGUUCGAAGCAAAGGCGGUUGCGACGGCUAAGGAAACCGCGGAGAAAAUUGACGUUGAGCUUAAGGAUCUCCAAGCGACCCUUGCCAACAUCGAAGACGCACGGCCCUUCGAGGAUCUUACCGCGGAGGAGGUUAGCGAUGCCCACCCCCGUAUACGCGAAACGGUGGAAAACAUGAUCAAGAAGGGCAAGUGGGUCGUACCAGGCUAUAAGGAGAAGUUUGGCAACCUCUCGAUCCUUUAGUCACUUCAUGUCUGCCUUAUGCAAGUAGAUCUUGGAGGCGGUUGAUCGCUGCAUCCUAGUCGAGGAGUCCGAGAGUCGUGCUGUAUCGAUGAAAGUGAGAUACCACAUUGGCGGUGAAGAUGCGGGAUCAGCGGCAGCAAGAUCCGCGCAUCAGACGAUCGUUACGUUGAACAUUCGCUAUUUCACUAAUGCCAGAGGGUUCGUUGAAUAGACUACGAGGCUACAGACUAUAUCGUAUGGAAAACGUGAGGAGAGUAAGAGCGGGCGUGGACAUGCAUGCGGGCGUAUGAAUAGGCAGGGUGGAGCUGACAGGCAUUUGCGCGCAACGAGGGAGCGAUAACGUAGACGACUGUGGUGAUGCUGAGAG